AUGCAGAUUUUAUCCGCCUGGUUCGACAUGGUCAACCAGGACUCAGUGCUGCACACCGCUAUCAACAAGCGGUGCCCGAGGUGUGACGCCCCAGAGGAGGACGACCUCCACCGCUUCUGGACCUGUCCCGCGCUCCAGCAGUGCACCGACGAGGCUACUCUCGAUUCUAAUCAUCUUGUUUUGAGGGCAGUGGAGCAUAUCCCGUCAUACCCCAUCAAGUGGGGCCGCGCGUUCCAGCCAGCCGAGUUCACCACAGGAAAGCAGACGGUCAACCGCGGCGAGCUGUACGCCGCCACCCAGGGCUGGGACACGUAUAAUAUUCAGCCGUGGGCCCUUUUGGCCAAUUCGCUCGCGGAUGAGGUAGCCAACGGCGCCGCCACCCACGUCCAGCUUCCUCAGACAGUGCUUGACAGCAUCGAUGCCGAAGACGCUGAGAUGCAGCUCGUCUCUAGGCGUCUCGCCACCAUCCAGGCCAACGAGCAGGACGCCAUUAGCUGCGCGGAUGUCGAGGCCCUCGCCCGCCUCGUGCCCCACGCAGCGGUGGAGACCGCCCGCGCCCGGGCCCGGGGCGAGCUGGCGGCCGAGUGGAGCCAGCCCCACCGGCGCACCGAGCUGCGGCGGUUCUGCGAGUUCUCGGACGAGCAGAUCGCGGGCAUGCAGGCCGACUUCCUCCGCGCCUCCGGCGGCGCCGCGGCCCUCGGCUUCCCCCCCGUCCGGCGCGCGCUCGGCGAGCUGGGCGCGGCGAGGCCGCUGCUGUCGGCGGCCGCCGAGGCACGGCUGGUCCACGUCAUCGCCGACCGGGGCGGCAGCGGCGACGUCGACUUCCGGGAGCUCUGCUGCCUCCUGUCCUGCCUGUGCCUGGGCGCGCCGCAGGGCUGGUGGGGCUUCGACUACGCCUACCAUGUCUGCGACAUGGCAUCUGGUGGCGCGUGCGACCUGCUUCACAGUCCGAGCGUCUGGUUGCGCCUGUGGAGGGCAAGGACGUGUCCGGGGCCAGAUGCCGAGGUGCGGGUGCGGAGGCAGCGCCCCGCGCACCGCCUCCGCCCGCCUGCGCCCGCGCCUGCGCCCAGCGACGCUCCGCCUGCAGGCUCCGCCCGCCACGAGUGCGAGCGCACCACGUUCAUCACCGAGGCGUCGAGCUACAGCCCGGGUGUGCAGCGUGGCAUGAUGUUCCAAUGCCGCGACGGUGGUGACGAGCGCUUUCUGUGA